AUGACACCAGCUUCUCUGGAGCAAUUUGUUGAAGCAGUCAAGAAAACUGUCCUUGCCAACGACAAAAGGGUUCCUCCCCCGGGUAAAGGAGCUUUGUAUAUAAGACCUCUGCAUCUAGGUAGUGGUGCUAUUCUUGGAGUAGCUCCAGCACCUGAGUACACGUUCCUCAUUUACGUGUCUCCCGUUGGAGAUUAUCGUAAGGUGAGCUUAGGCGUGAACAUGAAAGUUGAUCAUAACUAUCACCUAGCCCAUUCAGGUGGAGCGGGUGGUGUCAAGAGCUGCACGAACUGUUCUCCAAUUGUGAAAUCAUUGGUAGAAGCAAGGUCUUCAGGUUUCUCUGAUGUCUUGUUUCUAGAUGCGGUAACUGGCAGAAACAUCGAAGAGGCGUCUACAUUUAACAUCUUCAUUGUCAAGGUCCAAGAACGAGAUGUUACUGUGGAUGAGUUAUUAGAGGCAGAAGAAGUGUUAUGCACGGGCACUGCAGUGGUCGUUUAA